AUGGCCAGCAUCAACGCCCCUGGCGAUGGCAUUACCGGCGGCUAUACGGGCUCAUCGCUGGGCAUGAAGAUCACCAUCGCCACCCUGUGCGGUAUCACCUGGUAUAACGCCUUUGAACUGAUCAUCCUCGUCUUCGUCACUUUCGCCCAGUAUCGCGGCCUCUACUUCUGGGGUCUGUUGAUCUCGUCGUUCCUGGGCCUGAUCCCCUACUCGCUGGGCUUUCUCCUCAAGUUUUUCCGCCUCACCGACAUUACAUGGCUGCCGGUCAGCUUUCUAACGGUGGGCUGGUGGUGCAUGGUCACCGGCCAGUCCAUCGUCCUGUACUCACGACUGCACCUGGUGUUGUCCAACCAGCGCGUUCUUCGUCGCGUGCUGAUCAUGAUCUUGGUCGAUGCCGUGAUCCUCCAUGUGCCCACCACCGUGCUCACCUACGGCAGCAACCUGGCCACCCCGCAGACCCAGGCCGAUCCCUACAUCUCCGGCUACAACAAGAUGGAGAAGAUCCAGAUGACCGGGUUUUGUCUGCAAGAGUUCAUCAUCUCCGGCCUGUACAUCUGGGAGACACUACGCAUGCUGCGCCUCGACCCGGACCGCUCGAAGCGCAAAAUCCAGUACCAGCUGCUCACCAUCAACUUGAUCAUCAUCGUUCUGGAUCUGGGCCUGCUUGUCGCCGAGUACAUGAGUUAUUAUAUCAUGGAGACUAUGCUCAAGGGCGCCGUGUAUAGCAUCAAGCUCAAGCUUGAGUUCGCUGUGCUCGGUAAGCUCAUCCACCUCGUCCAGAACCACAUCUGGAAGCCCGAGUCCUUCUCGGGGCCGCGCGACCUCCCGGAUUUCGUCGAUGCUACGCGCGUCACAUCCGACCUUACCCAUGCUGCACCUCCCAAUCAACAGCGCGGGCCGUCCUGGAUGGAUGCCGACGACAUCUCAAUUGCCAUGUUCGAGCACUCUCCGCCGUCCGAUCCCCACACCGGCAACUCCGACCUCUCCAACUCCUGGAGCAGUGAGACCCGCAUCCAUCGCCGUGAUCACAGCCCAAUCGACUUCACCAACCCUUUCUGUCAGUAUCAGCGCAAGCCGGCUGGUCUGUCAGAGAAGCCCAGCAAGCCGGGAUGA